AGUAAGAAUGUUUUCCAAAAGUUUGGUAGUUUUAGUUAGUAUUACAAUUUCAUCUUUACAGCCAAUUUUGGGUGGACCAUACGAAACUGCUAGAGCUAAAUGUCAAGAAUAUGCUAAAGCUGUCUAUGCCAAUGAAGCAAGUCCAGUUUUAUCAAGGAGGUCAGGCUCAAAUUCAGUAUCACAGUGUGGUAUAUUGGAAGUACCAUUGAUUAUUGGUGGCAAAAAAGCGAAACCCAGAGAAUUUCCACACAUGGCUGUUAUUGGAUAUGGUCCGUCACCUCGUGGAAAUCUAGCCUGGCAUUGUGGCGGUUCUUUAAUAAGUGAACAGUUUGUUCUAACUGCAGCUCAUUGUGAAAAUUCGGAUUCAGAAGGUCCAGCUCAAAUGGUACGACUUGGCGAAGUUAAUUUUCAAAAUGAUGGUGAAACUGAUGUCCAAGAACGUGGAAUUUCACAAAUAAUUAAACAUCCAGAUUAUCGUCCACCAUCAAAAUACAACGAUAUUGCAUUGAUAAUGCUUGAUUCGCCCGUAAACUUUGAUGGAUACGUGAGACCAGCUUGCUUGAAUGUUGAUGGCAAUGUUCCACAACGGGGUAUAGCAAGUGGAUUUGGCCGAACAUCCUACGAUGAUUCUUCGAGCAGUAGCCAAUUAAUGAAAGUAACAGUUACAUUUUUCGAUAGCAACACUUGUACACCAGCAUAUAAAUCAGAAAUAUCACGUGGCCAAUUACCCGACGGUAUAGUCGAUUCGAUCGUAUGUGCUGGUGAAAUGAAUGGUGGUAAAGAUACAUGCCAAGGAGAUUCUGGUGGACCAAUACAAAAUGUUUUACACUCACCCGAAUGUAUGUACAGUAUUAUCGGUGUAACAUCGUUUGGAAAAUUUUGUGGAUUUAAAAAUUCUCCAGCUAUUUAUACACGUGUUUCACAUUUCAUUCCGUGGAUUGUUAGUAAUGUUUGGGGUUAAAUUGA